UUCAACGCGAUCGCUCCGCGUGCCAAGUCCUUGGAUGCUAGCUGCCUUCAUUGCGAAGAUUCCAAAGAAGAUCGUGUAGCUGGAAUCCGUCUUGGUCUUACGCGAGCUCUGAAUAUCAUCGAAAUGACCAUCCCAAAAGACCUUCUGCAAGUUUACGUGAAAAGGUUCAAUCGACUGCGCGAGUGCCGCAUGAACGAGUGUUUCGAGCCUGUGCGAAGCAACGUCUUCGGCCAAAUGCAUGGACAUCAGAAGCAGAAAACCGAUCCUAUUUUAAGCGACCCAUCAUUCAUAAUUUGGUCUGAAUUACGGCGAAGCUUGGAUUUGUGCUCGGUGUUUCCGUCACAGGAAACAAAAGCCGCUGCAGAAAGUAUCGAAAAUAUGUACCGAGAAGAAGGCGAUUCUGAGGCUUGCAGGUACCAAACGCUUUCUCGUUCUCGAAGUGAAAAUACUGGCGCCGAUUAUUCAGCCCAUUGCUGUGACAUGAACAAAAUUGAUCGAUCUGUUUCAGAAGGGGCGGGGUCACUGGGCAACGCAAAAUGUAGAGUUAAAGAAACUCCUAAUCGCGUCCGGCGAGAUCUUUGCUUCAGAAAAAGGCUCUCAGAAAAACUCGACUUCUUGCACGUGAACCAGAAAGGGGCGUUGGAAAAUGAUCAGCUUCAUCCAUCAACUUCCACUCCGUUGACGCCAAAAAAUUCGGACCCUGAUGCCUACAGAGUUCGAAGCUGUAGGCUUGAGGAUCCAAGCGGACGUCGAAGCGCAUCAGCGUGUGAGAUUAUGGAUCGUUCGGGACCAGUACAGCCAUUUGAAGCGGUCGCUGGAGCAAGUCGCUUAUCAGUGAGUGAGAACAAUGAUUGUCAAGCUCCUAUAAAAUUAGAGUCGUUCAAUACUGCUUUCAGUUUCUUGCAAGCUGGAAAUGCUUUGAGUGAGUCUGGUAUCUGGGAUAACUUCAAGAAUUUUUCUACCGCGGAUAUAAACAAUAACAAAAAUGAUGCCAUGUUCAUGAACAACUUUACCCACUUCAAUGCGACUGUUUGUGGCUGCUGCAACGGUAAUGUCGGAUUAGCUAGAGACGUGAGUUCAGUGCCUGGAAGCUUGAUAUCCUGCACAAACAUGACCAAUAACGUACAAUAUUUUUCUGCCCUUGCAAACGACAAGCUCGCAAUUGCUGGCACUCGAGACUCUACGCGCGAUCGUUCCAUCAGCUCUAAUAUCCUGGCUCACGAUGAUGGUUCGUACAGCUCCUAUCCAGUCGGCACGGACAGUGCAGGCUUUGGUGGACCUGUAGGUGAAGUUUACUCGUCGAACUUUCGCUUCUGUGACUCAGGGAUAAGCCUGGGUUCCGGAGAUCAAACGCCUCGCGUCACUGAGUUGAGUUCCUUUGUUUCAGCUUCCGACAUGUCGCAGCGAACGAAUUGCGGGAGCUCGGACGUAUUCUAUUCCGCUGCACAGCUUACAAAUAGUGAACAUAUUACAAGUCAUUGUCCCUCCGUUAACCCGACCAUUGCUCCAGCUUCUGCUUCUUGCGCAAAGUUCACUCCCCCCAAUUAUGGUUCAAUUGUGAACCAUAACAUGCCGACUUGGGGCCGAGACCUCACUGUAAGCGCAGCUCACAAGAUGCAUGGUGGCGUUAUUGUGAACUGUGGCAGGGCGUCUAAUUUGAUGGAGACUCAGGCCCUCCAGGAACCUUAUCUCGAUAUCAAUUCACAAAUUCUGCCAUCGGAUUUUACGUCCCCCCUCUCGCAGAAUAACCAAGAUAUCUUCAGACAAACUGACAACUCAUGCCAUGGCCAGAAUCAUGAUCUGCAGCUCAAUGCAUUUGUCACUACUGCAAAUUUUAGGCCUACUAGCUUCACUGAUUGUCUCCCAGGCACUUCAACUUGUACGGGUCACACUGAAGAAAACGCCUCAGGGACCGGCCUGAGUUGCGUGUCUGUUGACCGGCAUUUGGAUCACGUCAAAGAAGACGUUUCUUCGCAAUCGACGACAGCAUAUCCGCAGAACUCCUGCUCAAAUUUACCGUACAAUUCAGUAGGUUCUCUGAUGACCGUUGGUUGUCAUCCGCAUCUGCCCGUUGAUAAGCGGCACUUCAACGGUUCUGUUUCAUCCAUCUGUGAUGUCGCUGGUUCUCAAAAUUGCAUAUUUGGUCUUCAAAGUAACGGGUAUGAUUAUCAAUCUCACUCUCUCAACAACGGACCUGUCAUGCAGUCUAGCUGCUCAAGCCGCCAUAGCGGUUGCCCUUGUCCAGAUAAAAACUAUUCUGGCCUCUCAAAUGGACUAACAUGUGAUCACAGCUGCACGGCCCCCGGAAAUAAAGUGUCGGGCUCACCCAACCCUCAUUCAACCCCUAUCAACCACAUCACCCCAUCAAAAACUGUAUUUCAACAGCCAGGUACCCAAGCUGGUGAAAAAAACCUACCCAUUUUAAAUUCUGAUAUCGGCGUCGUCGAUGCGAACGGAGCAGCAAGCCAAUGCUUCAACACAACUACUUCAAAACAAAUCAAACCCACGCUGCUUGCGAGCCGCAAGCCCUCUUGCUUGAAACUCGUGGGUAAACUGAACCCUUCUUUACACCCACAGAAAUCUUUGACGUGUGUUAGCGGUCGCAAAAAACUCUCAAGUAUUCUGCCAUCAGCCAUGGACUCUUCAGGGGACCUGAGCGAUCUGGUAAUAGAUGAGAGCAAGGACGAGGCGUCUUGUGAUACGGAGAAUCAAAGCCAUGAAGCUGAUGACUAUGUCGAAAAUACAUGCAAUGUAAGUGUGAAGGUUGAACCUGAGAAUGGUUUGAAUGGUCCCCAGAAAAAAUAUCGUAAGCUUGAAGCUGGAAACGAUCGAAGAAGUGCAGGAGACAAAAAUGAUCAUUUCGAUGAUAGAAGUCAGAAGAUGGAAGCUGACAACCGUGCCGAGGAAGCCAGUAAUGGCGCAAACGAUAAUCUUUUCAUUGCAUGUGACGCUAAAGCAGUCGACAGCGUCGCGCAACACAGUGAGAAAAUACGACAAAUUGACGAAGUUAAAAGCGAAUUCUCGUCUCCUGAUGAUGUCACCCAUGCACUCAACACUGACAGGUCAUUUUCAUCCACUCCCUACCACCUCGACGUAUCGUCUCCUUAUUAUGAUCCCUUAGGUUCAAUUGAUAUUUCUUCCGAAAUGUUAGACAUGGACCAUUUCGAUGAUUCGUCUCCAAUUAGAAUGAUUCUUCCCCAUAGUUCUUCGCCUGGGGAGGCGAAAUGCGGUGCCCCACACUCCUCUUUUGGCUCAGUUGGGGAAGAACAAGCAGGCGACCGAAGCCUGAAUCUGCAACUGAGUGGCAUGAGCCGGUCCAACGACAGUCACUCUGACUCAGACAUAGAUUCGAAUCACCGGGACCAAACGAGCAGAACAUUACACCCUGAGUCGGUCUCUGGGAUACCUGCGAGUGAUACGAGCCGUCCUAACGCUGGUGGCUCUGACUCUGACCUUGUCUCUGACUCUGACAAUCUGAGAUCGGAGACCGUAGCUGGAGAAUCGCCGUCGCGUGCGGCAGACGACAAUGAAUUGGAGGAUUCGUUUCUGGCUUGUGAUGAAAAUUUGGGCAGUUGGUCUUCUGAUGAUGAGGAGGACUAGAACAUUAGCAAUGUAAUGGACAUCGCUUAUACACUGCUGCAGGUUCACUGCCCUGCCGCAGGUUCACUGCCGACACUUGGAUAACUCAAACCCUCUUGUCUGCGUCCAGCUUUGGUGCUUGAACUGAAGAACUCUCCAGCUUUGGCGCGCGAAGAACUCUCCUCUCUCGGUCUAAAUAUCAUCUUUUUACUUGAUCACGGUCGCUUUAUAGUCGAUCACCCUAAUUACGGUCGCGCUAUAGGCGGCCACCGCUGAUUCUCCUUCAUUUUCCACUGCCUUUGGACUUGCGGAUUGCCGGUCAGCAGAUGCCAAUUAGCGGCCGAUAAUGAAGAGCGAUCGACGGCCCUCGAGGAUUGGCGACAACAGCAAUCCCUGACCGGGACCCGCUGGGGCUGUGGACCCGCUGGGGCUGGUGA